GUGGUAGAAGGGGAGCCGGGUGUGGAGGAGGGGAGAUGAGUGGGGAUGAGGUGAGGUGCUGAUUUGAUUUACUGACUCUGCUACCUGUUUCGAGGUGCUAUGCUGCUGCGAUGCUGGGAUGGAGCGUGCUGUCGCUCUUUGUGGAGGAUUUCCUUGCCUGUUUCGUGUCGUUGAUACGACUGCCGCUCGUUACCUUUCCCAUGUAUCUGUCGCUCCUUUCCUUUCCUUAUGGUUUUCACCGGUAUUCCGUACGCUUCUCCCUCAGCAUUCCGUAGCAGCAGCAUCGUCACAACUAGGUCGCGCAGAGUCAUCACGCCAUCGGCACUAUUGCCUCGUUUCCUCAACUUCCCCACUCCCCCCUUUUCUCUCUUCUAUACAUCCCGACGCAUCCCUCCCAGUUCUUUCGAUGGAGGACUUGUUGUGAUAACAAUGUGUGUGCAAGGAUAUCACCGGAAUUGUUUUCGUGUUAGACCGAGUUCGAUACCCGGUUUGGUUGGGAAUCGACCGGGUUUCGCAGUGUAUCACCUUGUAAUGGAACGUGUUGAAUUCAUUCUGUCCACCAAUGGUGCAUCUUUGUUGGGGCAUCUAAUUUACAUGCCGGUGUCUUGUUGCAAUCUGAUCAACUUCAGUCCCGCGGUCCAUGUACAAAUCCAUCCUCGCCGACAGGCUCCAUGUCUAUCCAUCAGGAUAUCGGAUUGAUUAUGAACUGGACUGGCUAACUGACCUUAGCACGAAUCGUCUCGACAUUCUGAAAGUCCACUCACGUGGAACCUUGGUCAUAACAAUUCCCAAUCCCCUAGAACGAUUGCGAGUUUUCAGCAACCCGCCAGCAUAAGGCGCCUUUGACCAAUUCACCAUACC